AUGGGAAAGGCGUAUAGAUAUGUCAUACUGUUUGGUAAACCUGAUUGCUUUUAUAUCCAUGUUUUCUGUGUUCCCGAGUCCUACCAGGUUUUGAGUGACAACACUGGUCUGCCGUCAGCAGCCAGGCUCAAUCGGGCGUCCAAUUCACUUCAUAAAAAUUCAAAUGUAGGGCAUGAUUAUUGUGACUAUGCUCAAGUUUCACUCAAAGUUCGAGUACUACAUCCUGACAAGCAAAUUUGCUUAUCAGUAAGUGGAAACCUGACUGUCAAAUGGUGCCUGACUUUGACAGAGACUCCAGAACCUUCACCGAAGGAAAUUUCAAAGGGCUCUGUUGACAGAGAUAUUGCUCUUGCAGAGAUUUCAAAAGAGAAGGGGUUGUCUUAUAUCAAGGCAUGGGAAAAACAAAGGUGGAGAACAAGUAAGGCUUUCUCUAACCUUUGUUGUUCCUUCUGGAAUUUGUGUGGAUUUGAACUUAAAUUGCCCUGGAACCAAAACGAAGCUUUGUCAGUUAAACAAACCUACUCAUCGUUGAUAGAUUUCGUUACUUAUUGCAUAGUCUUCAGUAUCUUUGCAGGGAUCUAG